AUGACGAACGCGUGGCAACCUCGUGCAGCCUCGAACGGGGGAACAUCAGCACCGUUUUCAUAUAUACCCCAUCCUGCACCUAACGCUGCUGGAAACGAAGAUACUCCAACUACAAGUUCAUCCUCCAAUAUGGGUUCCACUUGGUCGUUACUAAAGACUUUGAUAGUACCAGCAAUCAUUUCACUCAUUCUGUAUCUUCUAAUAUCAUUCGUCAUUGUUCCGUUAUGGAAAAGAUACCGAGCGAGAGCUGGUCAAUAUCUACCCUUAGAUACCAUCUCAACUCGAACAACAAGUUUACGACAGCGAGUACAAGCCGCAGUGGUUAGAACAAUAUUUCCAAGUUCAUGGAGAGCCGAUUUUAAUCGAAACCGAAUAAGUGCACAGGAUAGUAUUGAUUUUGAUGAUGAUGAUGGAGAGGAACUAUUUGAUGUGGAUGACAAUCGACGAGAAGCAUUAUCACUAGAUGCACGACGAGGCAGAGAUGAAGACGGCAGAAGAUUAAGUCGAGAUUUGGAAGAAGGCUUCAAAGACGAUAGCAGUGAUGAAGAGGAUGGAACCGAUAGACGACUGAGUCGAACAAUUUCACGAUGA